AUGGACCCCAACGCGGGGGAGGAUCUGCAGGUGGGGCUGGAGCUGCAAAUUGCCAGCCUGGAAACUCUGGUCGUUUUCGUGCACGCGGCGGAGUCGCACAACAUGGCGCUGGAAAUAACCAAGUCGUUCUCCUCAAACCCCUCGCACCAGGCAGUUCUGGUUUCGCGCCGCUCAACCAUGCUUGAAAUUGUGAACGACAGUAGAGAAACUACUUCAACGACUGAAGACGACUCUUUUUCUCAGCCGAAGAUGACCCACACUGCCCCGCAAGCGCCGCCUGCCAACGCCCAGCAGCCACUGCAGCUGGGCAUCAGUCUGCUGGACCUGUGCCAGAGCUUCGCGGGGACGCGGUUUCUCG